GAAAUGGGAAGAAAGAGAAGGAAGAGGAGAGCGACCUGCAACCAAUUAAUCAUCAAACCCAAACCCCCUCUUUAAGGCCCGCAUAUACUUACAUAUAUGCACACAAAAAACACACACUAAAACACACACACUGUGCAGAUAAAGAGAGACUUUAAGCAGAUGGGUUGCUUUUCUUGCUUUAGUCCUCACCGGAAAGAUGUACAGAAUUGCGAUGAUGAGACCGGGGUUCGUUCAGCUGAAUCUUCAGAAAGAGGGAAGGGAAGAGAUGCAUUGAAAGGGAGAGGAAAGGAGAAUGGUACUCGAAGUGGAGAAGGGGCGUGUAGCUAUACGUUCCGUGAGCUUGCAGUUGCAGCUAAUAAUUUUCGAGAUGUUAAUCUGAUUGGGCAAGGUGGUUUUGGAAGUGUUUACAAAGGUCGGCUUGAAUCAGGACAGCUUGUUGCUGUUAAAAAGCUUAAUCUGAACGGGCAUCAAGGAAACAAGGAAUUUAUUAUGGAGGUUCUUAUGUUAAGUUUGCUGCACCAUCCCAAUCUUGUUACUUUGAAAGGCUACUGCACUGAUGGGGAUCAAAGACUAUUGGUCUACGAGUACAUGGCCAUGGGCAGCUUGGAGAAUCAUCUCUUUGAUUUAAGACCUGACAAGAAAGUACUGGAGUGGAGCACAAGAUUAAAAAUUGCUGUAGGUGCAGCUCGUGGUCUGGAAUAUCUUCAUUGUAAAGCGAGCCCUCCUGUUAUCUAUCGUGAUUUGAAAUCUUCCAAUAUACUGCUAGAUAAUGAAUUCCACCCAAAGCUCUCAGAUUUUGGACUUGCAAAACUGGGCCCUGUUGGAGACAACACUCAUGUCUCUACUCGAGUGAUGGGAACUUAUGGUUACUGCGCACCGGAAUAUGCCAUGAGUGGAAAAUUGACUCUAAAAUCUGAUAUCUAUAGCUUUGGAGUGGUUAUGUUGGAGCUGAUUACAGGGCGCAGGGCAUAUGACAGCGCUAGAAAUCCAGGAGAGCAGAAUGUAGUUGUUUGGGCUCGCCCUUUCAUGAAAGACAAAAGAAAGUUUGUUCAGCUUGUUGACCCCUUGUUACAAGGACGUUUUUCUACUAGUUCUUUGCACCAUACCGUUGCCAUCACUGCAAUGUGCAUUCAAGAGCAACCAACUUUCCGUCCUCUGAUUGGUGAUAUUGUUGUUGCUCUCGAGUACUUGGCCUCUCAAGCUGAGAGUUCAGACGCUACCAGAAGUGGAUCUCGCACUCCACAACAGCCAUCACCUUCUCAUCGUCAUCGAUUGAAUGUUCACUUCUCUUAAAAGCCAACAGAGGAACAUCACUAUGACGUUGAAGGAGGACCAUCAGGAAAUGCAGUAAGCAGGUCGAUUUAAGUUGCCAGAAACACUGGUAGAUCUUAUGAGAACUAAACGAAAGCAUGCUCCCAUAAUAUAACUUAAAAUUUACUUUAUGUUUUAAGAUAUUUGGAGAAAGAUGUGGCAAAAGAUAUCCGUGUACAGUUUACAUGGUCAGAAAUUAGUUCAGCUUGGGCAUAUUUUUAUAUUUUUACUUAGACAGGGUUUUUGCAGGCCGUAUCAGACACA